AUUCCCCCGGACACGGACGGUUUCUUCCUCGGUUUUAAAGACGAUCCACCCCGGGUGUGAUCCCCGGUGCAGGUCGGUAUGAAGGGUGGGACUCCUCGAAGCGUCAUGACCGAGUCCAACAGGCCGAGCGACCCGCUGAGGAGACGCUCUCCUCGGCUGAGUUCUCCUCCUCCUGGGGCCAACUUGAAAACAGACAAUAAAAUGGCGGCCACGUCUCUCGCCGUCAAACGCAGGAUAACAGUGAGGAAGAUCGCCCCCAGGAAGACCACCGCGCCGUCGGAGCACGACAAGGAGAACACCCCGAGGCCGGAUGGAGACCUCCAGCAGAAGGUGUCCACCCCGGGUCCCGCCCCGGACCACGGGAGCUCCUCCACGGCGAAGAAGAAGAAGCAGAAGGCCGCCCUGCCCUCGCCGAUCCUCCCUCCAUCCCCGCCGCCCUCCCGGCCCCAGGAGUCGGACCCGGACGCGGUGUGGUCCCAGAAAGUUCGCCGGUCCUACAGCCGACUCAGCGACCGGUCCCUCAACAGCCCCGACCCCCGGGAGACUCUCUUCGGCUUCGAGAAGCUCACGACCCCCGAGGUGGGCCCGAGAGGGCGGCGGUGUCACCCGGGUCAGGAGGCCUCCGGCUCGGUCACCGGGCUGAGCUCCUUCACGUCCCUGCUGGAGGCGGAGGACGGGGGUCCAGCUGAGACCGAGCGGGACCCCAACAUCCCUGGGGUGCCCCUGGGGAAGGAGAAGAGGAGCAGGAGGAGGAAGGUGCCGCAGAUCGCCACCGUGGAGCUGGAGGCGAUGGCUGCGGAGAUGAACGCAGUGUUCGAGGAGGCGGAGGAGUUCGAGCUGGUGGUGGAGUGAAGGACUCAGACUGAGAGACUGGAGGAAUCCCAUGUUCAGUGUGUGUCUGUGUGUGUGUCAGUGACAUGCUGGAAAAAAGACAGACUCUGGGACUCUUUUUGUACAUUUCUAGUUCUUUAUAUUGUAUAUUUUUGAUUAUUUUGUGUUUAUCUGUUUGGUAUUUUCAUUUAAAAGCUCUUGAUGUGGUUGUUUAGGUCGUUAUGUGCAUAUGACAUCUGUAGGUAGACCAGUAAGGUAUGUUCCUUUCCCCCCAGUACAAUUAAAGCCUUUAAACUGAUUAUCUUUCGAAGAUGCAAUAAUUGAUUGGUUGGUUGAUUUGACAGAAAAAUGAUCUUUUAACUGAUUAUUGUUCUCAUAAUUUUCCAUGCUAAAAAGAGUUUGAUAAAUGUUAAAUAUACUCUGAUUCCAUUCUCACAUCAGAUCAUUGUAAACUGAAUAUUUUGGGGGUUUAAUUGGGAAACCCAACAACUCAUUUCAAGAUGCCAGACUUUAAAAUUGGAUAAAAAUAAAAUUAAUACUUGGCUUGUGUAGAAGAAACAUCGAGAGGAAACUUAUCGAUGUAACACAGAUUAUAAGCGUAUGUGGAGGCUGUAGGUGGGAUAAAGGUCAUAAACAUUUUUCAGUACUGGUAGGAUCUGAACAUCAUGAAUGAACAGAUAUAGUUUCAGGUGUUUCUACCCUUUUUGACCGUAGACGCAUUUGUAUCUACUUGUAUUUCAACUGCUGAAGAAAUGUGAGCAGUACUUCAGAGUCUUUUAAUAAUGUGUUUACAUUCUCAUUCCAUAAGUAGGAUCAUAAGAAAUCACCUGUCAAUGUUGU